AUGCAGGAAGUGGAAUAUUUUACCGACAAUCUGGUGGCCGGCAUGGAGCAAAAGCCUUCGCGAACAAAGUGUUGCUACGAUGUGCUAGAUUCCCCUAGAAUCACACAAGAGCAGCCAAAGCUGGUGGGCCGAGGAUAUAACAAAUCGAAUGAAAAUGUAAAUUACACCGUCGAUCCACUGUUGCUCACUUCGUCCGACGAGGACAGCAGCGGAUCGCCGACGAGCGAGAUGAACAAUUGCAUCAAGUUCAUGGAGAAACCGACGCUGAUAAAACGCUUCGCUCUCGGGUUCCUGCGUAGCACGGAGGAAAGCUUGCCACUGAUGUGCCAUAAAUCGUCACCCCCCUCGCCCCAAAGGAAGUUCAACGACAUCCUGUCCGAGGACAUCUACACCCUGGACCAGAUCGUGUCGAGUAAGUUCGGCGACUCGUGCAAACAAUCUUUCGUCGGGUCACCACAGCGCCUCCAUCCGAAGUGCAAUGGCUGCUCGAAUGAGGCUCCCACGACGACCGCCGUGGCCGACGGUGUGGAGUACGAGUUCAAGCGCAACCUGAUCCGGCAGACGAACAGUGCCAGCUCCAGUCCGAAGCGCUUCCCGACCGUCACCCCGCCGAAGCACGCCGACAGCCUGAACAGUGUCAGCCUCGGUGAGGACAGCGAGGAACUGGACCGGGCGUCCUGGUUCCAGGCCGGGCUGCCUCGCGAACUAUCACUGGAAGUCCUCACUCAGCAGAGCCCCGGUGCGUUCCUGGUUCGCCGCAGUGCCACCAAGCACGGUUGCUUUGCGCUAUCGCUCCGAGUUCCGCCCGGAUCGGGGCCGAAGGUGGUGCACUAUUUAAUUAUGAAAACCGAGCGUGGAUAUAAAAUUAAGGGCUUCACAAAGGAAUUCUCGUCACUGCGCGCCUUGAUAACACACCACUCGGUGAUGCCCGAAAUGCUUCCGGUCCCACUUUCACUGUCACGGCCUCAGAACAUCCCGAUGAAGUGCAAGCGUACGGACGACUACGAUACGUACAGUGCGUUGAACGAGUUUUCCAAGCUGUUCUCCGAUCUCGACAUCUGUUCGUAGCGAGAAUGCUGAGAGGUUUUGAACAGCUGGUCCAAUGUGGGGCUCUCCGGGAGGAGAGGAGGGUUUGUAGGUGUUUGGAAUAUUUUGAUAAAAUUUCCUCGAAACACGGACGUACGACGGUAGUGACAGCCGGAAGCCGGAAGCAUACGCCGGAUGGUGAAUCGAUGUCGAGGAUGUUUCGCGCUGAUGAGCGUUCGGGGGAGGGAGGAGACCUCUGUCGGCGAAAAAUGAUACAAUGGGUAGGCCAAGGCCGUCGCUGUGCUCCGGUAUCUGCAUACGACAGGCCGUUGUGGAACAGU